UAAUUCUACCGUUUGAUAUUUGUACGUUAGAAAAUUAUAUCGUCGUUAAGUGGAUAGGGAGAAACGCGAUAUUUAACAACGCGUUAGUUGGAGGAGCUCCUCUCCAUCCAGUGUUCGAGAGGAGGAUUGGAAUUUCGCCAGCUUUGGAAUAUCGUGCAGCUUUUGGUUUUUACACGUUGCCAAGAUGAUGUACACGGGUACUACCGCAUCGCAGGACACGAGGUUCAGCGACAAGGAGAAGAAACUUCUUAAACAAAUGAAGUUCGGUGAUUCUCUCACACAGAAGGUGGAUAUGAGCAAAGUUAAGCUCGAUGUCAUCAAACCUUGGAUCACCACCAAGAUCACACAAAUUUUAGGCAUGGAAGAUGAUGUAGUGGUAGAAUUUGUAUAUAAUCAACUGGAGGAAAAGUUUCCGGAUCCACGAAAAAUGCAGAUCAACCUCACAGGUUUCCUGAAUGGCAGAAAUGCCCGGUCUUUCAUGGGCGAAUUAUGGGACCUCUUGGUCUCUGCCCAAGAAAGUGUUACAGGCAUACCAGAGGCUUUCUUGCAACAAAAAAAAGACCAGAUUAAAAAGCGUUUGGAGGAACAAGAGAAGCUUCAAGCUUCACUAGCAGAGAAAGAGAAAGAAAAGGAGAGGGAAAAGGAGAAAGAUGAAGCCGAAAGUAAGAUAAAAAAAGAAGACAAAGAACGUGGUUCAUCGAAGGAGCGAAGAAGAGAUAGGAGCAGGGAUCGGGAUAGGGAUAGAAAUAAAAGAAGUCGAUCGAGGGAUCGACACAGAGAUCGUGAUAGAUCGAGUCGCAAACGACGAUCGUCGUCAAGAUCGCCUAGCAAAAACUCACUUAAAGAUAACGGAAAGGAUAUGCCUGAAGUUAAAAUUGAAAGGGAGGACUCGCCUCAACCUGAAAAUGCUAUACCGUUGAUGCCCGUUAAAACAAAACCGGAAGCUGCUGUCGCGAUAUCCCGUUUACAAGCUAAAUUAAUGAGUAUCGCCGAUGGAAAGAAGAAAAAUAACCGUACUCCGUCUCCAGAAGCAUUGGACAAGGCAAAGAAAUCUAGAUCCAGAUCGAAGUCCCCCAUAACUCGUUCUAAGAAGUCUCGAUCCAAGUCACCCAGUCGUGAUUCGAAGACUAGACGAUCCAGGUCGCCCGCGUCGAAAUCCAGGCGAUCUCGCUCGAAAUCAAGAACUAGACGAUCCAGGUCUAGAUCGAAAUCUAGAAGAUCUAAAUCGAGGUCGCAAGAUCGCUCGAAAUCAAGGCGCACGAAAUCCAAAUCGCCAAGGUCACGCUCACGAUCUCGUUCACGAUCGAAAAAGUCAAGAUCCAAGAGCAACGACCGAAGUAAGUCUAGAAAAUCGAGGUCAGAUUCGAGUGACUCCCGAUCAUCCAAGUCCCGCUCGAAGUCGCCCGAUAAGAGAAAGGAUAAUCUCGAUUCUAGCAGGAAACGAGACGGAAGUACAAGUACUAGUUCUGAAUCGGAGGAAGAUAAAGGUGCGAAAGAUAAGAAUGAUUUCGAGAUUCGAAAGAAGAAGGAUGGGGUGCAGGCAAAGAGGUCGUACAGAAAGACAAAUAAGGAUGAUAGUGGUAGCGAGAGCGACUCGAGCCGAGAAAGGAAAUCAGUGCCUAAACGAAGAAGUCCCACGCCGCGGAAAGACAGAGGUCGCUCCAAGGAUAGAUCACGUGAGAGAUCGCGGUCACGAGAUCGAUCUCGAGAUAGAAACAGAAGGAGAUCUAUCGACAGAGAACGAGAUAGAAGACGAGAUCGAGAUCGUGAAAGGGAACGAGACAGAUUGGAUAGAUACAGUGGUAGCCGUAGCAUGCGACCACCAUCUGUGCGCCGAGCACCCAGCAGAAGGAGCCCUCCGCGUAGGAGUCCAGCAAGGUACCGUCGAAGAUCGCCAAGUCCUGGAGACAGACGUAGAAGAAGGUCUCUGGACCGCAGGCGAAGAUCAUCGGAGAGGCGAGACAGGCGUCGGUCUCCGGAUCGUCGUGACAGCAGACGUCGUUCGCCAGACGGCCGGGAUAGAUCGCUCAGGUACGAUAGAUCUUCAUCUCGCGACAGAUCGAGUAGGCGGGACCGUUCCAGAGACAGGGACAGAAGGGAUAGAGAUCGGAGAUCUAGAUCUAGGGAUCGUAGAUCAAGAUCGAAAGAUCACAGAUCAUCGGCGGAUCGUUCGAAGGAUGAGAAACGAUCUCCCGAUCGUUCACGCGACACUAAGGACAAGAUAAAGGACAAGAAAGUGGAUGAGAAAAUUAAAAAAUCAACUGAUACGGGAUCGCGAAAAGAGUUGCGAAAUGGAAGGUCUAAGUCAAGUAGCUCGGAAAGUAGCGAAAGUAGUUCCUCUAGCAAUGAGGAUGAAGCCAUCAGAAAAUCGCUUGAGCGGAAGUCAUCUCAAGAAAAACGAGAACACGCGGAUGACAAACGCAAAGAAAAAGAGAAGCCCGUCAAAGAAGAGCCGAUAAAACGUCCCGAAAAGGAUGUAAAGAAACCUGAACCUGUGACCAUCAAGAAACCAGAUGUCAGCGUUUCUCCAAAGAAACUUCAACCUACCACCUUACCGGUAACUAGACACAGAUUUUCGAAGAGCUUAUCCCGAACACCCUCACCGUUUAAAAAGACUGAAGAUAUUAUAGCUGCUGUUAAAAUAAAACAACCUUCGAAGGAAGAUCAUAAAGAAGAAUCGCCGAAGGAAGAAUCGAGCUUCUCGUCUGCAGAUACUUUCCCUUUGAAGAAGGACGACAAGUUACUGAAAUCAAUUAAAACCGUAAUCGACGAAAAGAAAUCAGGAGGUCAAAAGACAUCGGAGCUAGUUAUCGCGAAGAAACCCAUCGAGGCGAUCAAGAAAUCGAAAAGAGAAAAACGCGAUGGCUCUACAGAUUCGAAUGACAGCGAAAGUGAAGGUAAGAAAAAAUCAAGGAAGUUAGAAAAAUCUAGAAAGUCUAGGAAGGCAUCUACAGAUGAAGAGAAAUCGGAUAAAGGCGGUUCUAGUUCGGAUUCCGAGGAAGAAAGAAAACACGUGGAAAAGAGUAAAAAAAUCAGGGACUCUAAUCGAGGAGAUUCAUUAGACGAACGUGUCAAGGACAAAAAGGACAGCAAAAAGCGGGAAGUUAGUGAAAACGAGUCUCGUAAACGAUCGAAGAAAGAUAUAGAAGAAGAAACAAAGAAAUCAAAGAGAUCUAGAAAAGAUUCUUCUUCAGGCGAUGAAGAUCAGAAAACGAAGAGGGGCAAGAGUGAAGAUGACAGAUCCAGAUUGCGGAAGUCUAAGAAGGAUUCAAGUUCAGACGAUGAACCGAAGAAAACAAGAAAACGACGGGACAGCUCAUCAGAGGAUGAGAAGUCGAGAACUAGAAAAUCAAGGAAAGAUUCUACGAGCGAAGAUGAAGGAAAAGUUCGACCAAAGAAAUCUAAACGUGAUUCAAGCACAGACGAUGAAGAAAUAGGAGAAAAGGAUGUGAAAAAGAAGAGAAAAGUGGAUGACAGUUCAGAUGAAGAAAAAGUCAAGAAGAAACGUAAAAAGAAGACUAAAACCAGUACUAGUGAAUCAGAGGAAAGUGAAGUAGAAGAAAAGAAAAAGAAGAAGGAUAAAAAGCACAAGAAACACAAGAAACAUAAAAAGCAUAGGAAGCACAAAAAGAAGAAGGUUGCAGACUCCGAUGAAUCUGAUGUAAGUGAAGGAAAUACCGAAGAACUGGAAAAAAAAUUACGAGAAAAGGCAUUGAAAUCAAUGAAAAAGGGUCAUAGUAUAGAAAGAAGUGAUUGAGAGUUUGUAUGAUUUAUCAAGGAAGGUGUGUAAUGUGUGUAUACCUCUGUAUUACAAUGCACUUGCUCUAACUGUAUCACGAAUGCGUUUUCGUUUAUUAUUAACGAUAAUAGGAUUUUAUCGUAUCACAAUAUUUUUUUGUGUAAAACGAGUUCGGCAUUCUUAAAAGUUCGUCAAUAAUGGACGAAGCCCUAAUUUUUAUGAACCCUAAUCUUAAGCUUACGAUUACGAAGUUAAUCGCAAUAGUUGUUUUUUUGACUUACAGAAGUGGAAAUACUAUAUAUCUUAUUGUAAUAGGGAUAGUAAUUUCUUGUGCCACUUGAACGUACGAUUUUUACAUUUUUCAAGACGUUGAUACGAA